GAGGAAUUCUCAUAGUAUUCUGCCCUGACAUUUUAACUCAUCGAUGCCUAUACAACCUGACUCCCCUUAUUGUAAUUCAUCUCCUGGCUUGAAGGAUAAGAUCCACUGUGUGGUCUAUGUGAUUGACACCUGCAAAGUCAAGCUGCUCUCUGACAAAAUGAUUGACAAGCUUGCAGUUUUUCGAAGGAAAAACAACCAGCUAGGUAUUCCUCAGCUGGUUUUGAUGACAAAGGUGGAUGAGGCUUGCCCUUUAGUGGCAGAGGACCUGAAGAAUGUCUACCAGAGCCAUUACAUCAACAGAAUGAUGCAGGAGGUGAGCACUCAACUUGGAGUUUCUCUGUCUGCUGUGGUCCCAGUGAAAAACUACUGCCAAGAACUGGAAAUAGACCCUCAAACUGACAUUCUGCUUCUAAACGCUGUUAUUCAGAUGCUUCGAGUAGCUGAGGGCUACUUUGAUGAUCUUGAUGGAUGUGAUCAUGUGAUCAAAGUGGUGGGAGACUGA